AUGGCCUUCUCUCCAAGGGCGGUGGCAGAACAGUUGACUGUCAUGGACGCAGAACUGUUCAAGAACGUGGUGCCCUCUCAGUGCCUGGGCUCCACCUGGAGCAAGAGGAACAAGCCUGGCAAUGAGCACCUGGCGCCCACCGUUCGUGCCACAGUCGUGCAGUUCAACAGUGUGGCCAACUGUGUUGUCACCUCCUGCCUCGGGGACCCAAGCAUGACGGCCCGGGACAGAGCCAGGGUGGUGGAGCACUGGAUUCAGGUGGCCAGGGAGUGCCAGGCCUUGAGGAACUUCUCCUCCCUGCAGGCCAUCCUCUCCGCCCUGCAGAGCGUGUCCAUACACCGUCUCAAGAAGACCUGGGGGAAAGUCUCCAGGAAGAGCUGCCGAAAAUUUAAAAAGCUCUGUAAUGAAGACAACGCAGUGGGCUGGGAACUGCUCAUCAAGAAGCGGCCCUCCAAGUUUGCCACCCUGCUGACGAACCUCCAGAGAGGCCAGAAGAGGCUGCAGAAGAAGGCUGUCGUCCCCUUCCUUGGUGCCAUCCUAACUGAGCUGGUGAUGCUGGACGCUGCGAUGGAGGAUUAUCUGGAGGAGCACAAAGUAAUGAUGGAGAUCGUGCAGCUCCAGGAGGCAGCCGAGGAUUACAACCUAGAGCCCGAGGAGCGAUUUGGGGCCUGGUUCUCCAACAUGGAGCGGCUCAGUGAGAAUGAGAGCUACAUGCUGUCGUGCCUGCUGGAGCCCCGCUCCUAG